AUGGGAGAAACGAGUAUCGAUACUUUAAAGGAUUUAGCUACACAGAUCAGAAUAAGUAGUAUAGAAUCCACUUCCGCCGCCUCCUCUGGACACCCAACAACUUGUUCUUCUUGCGCUGAAAUAUUAUCAGUUUUGUUCUUUAGAGUGAUGCGUUAUAAAGCGUGCGCACCACGUGAACCGUCCAAUGACCGUUUCGUAUUAUCGAAAGGUCACGCAGCUCCCGCGCUCUACGCAGUUUGGGCUGAAAUCGGCGUUGUGCCAUUGGAAGAAUUGAAAAAUCUUAGACAUAUAGACAGCGAUCUGGAAGGGCAUCCCACACCAAGGCUUAGUUUCGUCGAUGUUGGUACAGGUUCUCUUGGACAAGGUUUGGCCAUCGCUAACGGUAUGGCUUAUAUUGGUAAAUAUGUGGAAGAGGCACCUUAUAGAAUAUACUGUUUAACUGGCGACGGAGAAUGCGCAGAAGGAUCAAUUUGGGAAUCUAUCAAUUUCGCUAGUUAUUAUAAAUUGGAUAAUUUGUGUUUGAUAAUUGACGUCAAUAGAUUCGGACAGGCUGGUCCAACAAUGUUCGAUCAUGAUUUGGAAUCGUAUAGAGUCAGACUCGAAGCGUUCGGUUUCAAUACUAUCGUCAUUGAUGGACAUAACGUUGAAGAGCUGAUUAGUGCUUUUAAUUGCGCCGAAAAUACCAAAGACAAACCCGCUGUAAUUAUUGCUAAAACUAUGAAGGGUAAAAAUUUUCCGGGUAUCGAAAACGAAGGAAAUUGGCACGGCAAACCCUUGGGAGAUAAAACAGAGGAAGUUUUAAAACAUUUAAAAUCUAUGUUGAAAGGAGAAUCGGGAAAAUUCGAUUUUACGAUACCGUCUCCCAAUUGUAAAAUUCCAGCUACGAAUAUAUCCAAUGUAACUCUGUCUAAACCACCUGAUUAUAAGAAAGGUGAAAAAGUAGCAACUAGAAGCGCUUACGGAACCGCUUUGGUGAAAAUGGUGGAAACGAAUCAAAAUAUAAUGGCUUUCGAUGGGGAUAUGAGAAAUUCGACGUAUUCCGAAUAUUUAUUGAAAGCGAGUCCCAAAAAUUUCGUCGAAUGUUUUAUAGCCGAACAAAAUAUGAUUGGUGUAGCGAUAGGGGCUUGUACUAGAAACAGAUGUAUAGCGUUCGCUUCAACUUUUGCGGCUUUUUUAACAAGAUCCUUCGAUCAGAUUCGUAUGGCGGCUAUCUCGCAAUCGAACGUAAAUAUAUGCGGUUCUCAUUGCGGCAUUUCCAUCGGUCACGACGGUCCGAGUCAAAUGGCUCUAGAAGAUUUAGCGAUGUUCAGAUCUAUACCGACUUGUACCGUUUUUUAUCCGUCCGAUGCCGUAGCUACCGAAAGAGCUGUAGAACUGGCAGCCAAUACGAAAGGUAUCACGUAUAUAAGAACUACGAGGGCGGCGACUACGGUUUUUUACGAUAACGAUCAAAAAUUCGAGAUCGGUAAAGCGAACAUUAUUUUGCAAAGCGAUUGCGAUAAAGUUUUGGUUGUGGCAGCUUGCGUUACUAUCCAAGAAGCUUUGGAGGCGGCCAAAUCGCUAGCGUCUGCGGGAAUCGGUUUGAGGAUAAUGGAUCCUUUCACCAUAAAACCUAUCGAUAAGGAGAGUAUAAUUAAGCACGCGAACGAUGUGAACGGUAGAGUUUUGGUGGUGGAAGAUCAUUACGCCGAAGGUGGUAUAGGAGAAGCGGUACUAUCGGCGUUGGCGGGAGAAAAAAACGUUACCGUCAAAUUGGCGUCUGUGAAAGAAGUCCCGAGGUCCGGCGAUACCGCUUCCGUUUUGAAACGUUACGGAAUCGAUUCGUGCAGCAUCGUCGGUUACGUACAAGAAUUGUUGCAAUGCGGAUGUUGA